AUGCCACAGAAUGAGUUUGUGGAGAGUGAUGUGGAGAUGAUGGAUAUCGAGAAUUCUGAGCUGGAGUAUCACCAAACUGCCGAACGGAUUUCGAAGAAGACGGCAAUGAAGAUGUUCGAAGUACUAAAGACUUUGGGACGUGGAUCAAUGGCGAAUGUGAAGUUGGCAGUUCACAAGUCGGAGUGUAUCGUCGCUUUGAAGGAGAUCACCGACAAGGCGCUGAGAAAGAUUAAGGUCAGGGGACUUAACGAAUGUAAGAAUUUAUUGGAGAUCGAACACGAGAACGUGAUCAAAAUGAUCGCCUCCAUCGCCAACACUCCAUUCAACCGAUCUCCAUUCCUCGUGUUGGAGUAUCUCUAUAUGGAUCUGGAAGCCCUGAUUUAUGGAGGACGAACGUAUAAAUUGGAACACAUCAAGACAAUGUGCUCCCAUAUGUUGAGAGGAGUGGACGCUAUGAAUGGAAAAGGGCUCGUUCAUUUGAACCUCCAGCCAAGCCAUCUCAUGCUCAGCAAUAAUGGCAUCUUCAAAAUUGCUGACUUAAGCAUUGCUACAAAGAUUCCGGCAAACGGAAAAGCUCCGGAGAUCAAGGAAUUUGGUGCACUCCACUACCGUGCUCCAGAAAUUCUCGCUGGCAAGGUUGAGAAUCUUGUGAAGACCGAUAUUUGGAGUGUCGGAUGCACCCUCGGUGAAUUGAUUCUUCGACGCAAGGUUUUCGAAGGCGAGAAUGAAGAUGUCCAGCUUCGUCUCAUCCAAAACGGCGCUUUCUCGUACCUCUUCCGCAUCACUUUGAGUAAUCCUCUCCUACGCGGAAGAGAAGCCAUUGAAAUGGCCAUUCGCCUCAUGAAGGUGGACCACGGGGAGCGUCCAAGUGCCAGUGAAGCUCUGAGAAUGGAAUGGUUUGAGAACAAUUUGCAACCAGACGUCAGCGACCUUCUGAAGACUUAUGAGGUGAGAACAAUCAUUAUUCAAAAUACCGCAUUUCCUCUAAUAAAAGCCCAUGGUCUUUUAUUUUUCAACUUCUUUCUCAGGACAUUUUCUAAAAAAAAUUUUCAUACUCGGAAAAGAGCAUGGUCUUGGUCUCAUAGAAAAUCUAGACAAAUUUUGAAACUUCCCAAAACUUUUCCAAAAAUACAUUUUUUCAGAAAACGUCUGAAAAAUAAAAUUCCACAUAAUUUUAGAACUGCAAAUUCUCAUUUGAUUUUUGCUGAUGAAAUCGUGGAAAAACAAAUAUCAGCUAUUCAAAAAGUGGCGAAAACCGCAGAUUUCAAUGAAUUGCUGACUUUGGUUUCUAGUUCAGUGUUUGAGCUCGAAGAUGGCGAAGAAGUCAGGAAGGCUCUCUUGGCAGCAAAAAUAAAGAUUCUUAAGGCAAAAUUCCAUCAUCCUGGAAUCUUCGCAACAGUAUUGGAAAACGAUAUUCAUUUGUCAAAUAUCACAAUGAGAAGACACGAAAAAAGUAGUACUGGCUGGAUUCUAGUUCGCGCAGGAUUCCUCGAGUGUAUCAUGAAUCAGGACGAGGACAGUUUUUGCAUCGAGGACUGA